GGCGGUGCACUUGGGGAGUUGGAAAGCUCAGAAGAAAUGUCUAACGCUGUGGCGAAUGGGCUGGCCGGUGCCGGAGGUGGUAUCAUUGCCCAGAUCAUCACUUAUCCUCUCCAAACUGUCAACACGCGCCAACAGACCGAGCGAGUCGCCAAGCAAUCCCUAACUACUUCCAAACGCCUCGGCACUCUUCUCCAAAUCCUCCAGGUCAUCAGAAGCGACGGUUGGGGAGGACUGUACAGCGGCCUCAAGCCUUCGCUGCUCGGCACCGCCGCUUCCCAGGGCAUUUAUUACUAUUUUUAUCAAGUGUUUAAAAACAAGGCUGAGGCCAUUGCUGCUGCCCGUAAACUCAAAGGACGUGGGGAUGGUACUAUUGGGAUGUUUUCUUGGCUUAGUGUGGCAGCCUUGGCUGGUUCCUUGAACGUGCUGCUGACAAUUCCUAUAUGGGUUCUGGUGACUCGUAUGCAGACACAUACUCAAGCUGAGAGAAAAAUCAUGGAGGAAAGAAAGGACACUCUUUUGAGGGAAGCUUCUGAAAGCGGCUUAACAGGUUCCGAAUUACAACACAAAUUGGCUGAACUUGAUUCAAUAAAACCACGUCCGUACGGAACUUUGCAAGCAGUACAUGAAGUUUAUACUGAAGCUGGAAUUGCUGGAUUUUGGAAAGGCAUUGUUCCAACACUUAUUAUGGUUUGCAACCCAUCAAUACAAUUUAUGAUUUAUGAAGGCUCGUUAAAGCGUCUCAAGGAAAAACGUGCUACCAGCAAGCAGGGAAAGAAAAAUAUAACUGCUUUAGAGGUUUUCUUGCUAGGGGCCUUGGCAAAACUAGGAGCAACUGUCACAACUUAUCCUUUGUUAGUUGUCAAGUCAAGAUUGCAAGCAAAACAGGAGAUUGGUGGGAAUGUUUCACUAAGAUACUCAGGUACUUUUGAUGCCAUAUUGAAGAUGAUCCAGUAUGAAGGAUUGCCUAGCUUUUACAAAGGGAUGAGCACAAAGAUAGUGCAGAGUGUUUUUGCUGCUUCUGUACUAUUUAUGGUUAAGGAGGAAUUUGUCAAGGUUUACAUGUUGCUGGAAGAUAAAUGCAAUAAAGCUCUAUUUAGUUCAGCAAAAUGAUUAUCUUCCCAAUGAAAGCUGAGAACUGUGUCCACUAAAAUGCACAAUAUAUAUAAUCUGGUGCAAGUGACCUGAUUAGUUCUUUUGAAGAUGAAUAUACGCACACACACACACGGACACACACAAUAGUCUUUGUAUAACAUUUUUAGGACAUCACGUGGGUCAAAGAUUCAUAAUGUGAUGUUCAUACCAUUUGAUUUUAUACAUUGGAAAGUGAAUUAUGUGAUAUUUAAUUUCACAAACCAUCAUACAUUUAUCCAUUUGAGAGUUUAUUCUACUCUGUAAAUUCCGAUGUUGUUAUAUUGUUAUUGUUAUUGUUGUUGUUGU